AUGCCUCUAUCGUCCACGUUGUCGUCUCCUGACCGGUACGGCGACAGAAAAGCCCAGCAGCAGAAGAAGAAAAGAGUCGGCAAGGCUUGCGAUUCCUGCAGACUCAAGAAGACCAAGUGUUCUGGCAAACAGCCUUGCGAGAAGUGUCAGGCUGAUAACAAGAUCUGCAUCUAUACCGAGCGUAAGAAGAGCAGGGAUAAAAGCUACUCAUACGAUUACGUGGAACUGAUCGAAAAGAGACUGCGCAUAGUUAACAAGGCUCUGAUUAAUCUCUCGGAAAUGGUAAAACUCAAUAAAACUGCAGAGUUGCAACAAUUUGCGCAGAAUAUCACGUACAAUGAAUACGACGAGGGUGUUCCAAUUUCGAUCAACCAGGCCAUCUCGCUGCUCGUUGACAAGUCGGAAGCUGUAGACCAUUCUGACAGUGAGACCAAUCCCGAGCAAUGGCAGAGCCGCAUCCCCAAUACCGAGUCUCAGGACAGCGCUCUUGAGGAGUCCUCGGAGUCGACUGUUCCCCAGCCAGCUUCCAAGAAGGAGGAGCUCGCCGCAGACUUCCUACCAUAUUCAUCGCCAGAUUAG